CGAAGCCAAGACAAAGAAGUAACGAAGCAUGGAAGGCCUCCGGAGUCUCGAAUAAACCCCACCCCCGCGGCUCCGCUUCCGUAGCUCUCUCGCCGCCGCCGCCCGUCUCGCGCCGCCGGGACCCAGGCAUGACGACGCGCAUCGCACCGGGUGUGGGCGCGAACCUCCUCGGGCAGCACUCGGCGGAGCGCAACCAGGACGCCACCACAUACGUCGGCAACCUCGACCCGCAGGUUUCUGAGGAGUUACUGUGGGAGUUGUUUGUCCAAGCAGGGCCUGUUGUUAAUGUCUAUGUCCCGAAAGACAGAGUUACAAACUUACACCAGGGCUACGGAUUUGUAGAAUUCAGAAGUGAGGAAGAUGCAGAUUAUGCUAUUAAAAUUCUGAACAUGCUCAAGCUAUAUGGAAAGCCAAUAAGAGUAAACAAGGCUUCCCAAGACAAGAAGAGUCUGGAUGUAGGAGCAAAUCUUUUUAUUGGCAAUCUUGAUCCGGAAGUCGACGAGAAACUCCUCUAUGACACAUUCAGUGCAUUUGGAGUGAUUGUGACCAAUCCUAAGAUAAUGCGAGACCCUGAAACUGGAAAUUCCCGAGGUUUUGGCUUUGUUAGCUAUGACUCCUUUGAAUCGUCUGAUCAAGCAAUAGAGGCCAUGAACAACCAACAUUUAUGUAAUCGGCCAAUCACUGUCUCUUAUGCGUACAAGAAAGACACAAAAGGAGAGCGCCACGGCACACCAGCUGAGAGGUUGCUGGCAGCGAACAACCCAGGAUCCCAGAAGCAUAGGCCGCACACAAUGUUUGCAACUGCUCCACCUACCCAAGGGCUUCAAAAUGGUGGUGUUAGUGCUCCUGUGCCACGACCUUUUGCCAAUGGGAAUGUCCAGGGACAGAUUCAACACGUUAGGCUACCGCCGCCACCUAUUGGGCAAUACCCUCCUCAAAUGCAGAUGCAUGGGCAGCCUGCUUGGCCUGGUCCACCGAAUAUGCAAAUGCCACCCCCCAUGCAACAGCAACUUCAGUACAGGCUUCCAGGGAUGCCACCGCCACAAAACGUGAUGCCUCCUCCUCAUCACAUGGCUAGGCCACCGCCGCCGCCUCCCAAUAUGCAAGCUCCACCUAUGUGGAGGCCACCCCCACCUCCACAACAUGCUGGCGGAAUGCCACCGCCCCCAAUGUCAAUGCCACCACCGCCACCACCACCUUCUGGUUAAAAGUAUGCAGGGGUUCUUCCAUUGGGUCAAUUUGGCACACUGUAACUGUAGACUGAGACAAUGUUAACCCCUUUUUUUUACAUAUUGCCAUGUACUCCGUAAGUUGCAAGCUGCAAACACUAGGAGAACAUCAGACAUGGGAGAAUUAGCGAACAGUGCUACAAAUGCUCGAGAUUAAAGGUUGUUUGUAUUCUGUUCAAAAUGCAUGAAUUUUGGUGAUCAUAUGUAUUCCCCAUCACUCCUAGUGUGGGUUCUGCUGAUUUGAGCUCUGCUUAGGAGAGUUAUUUUCAUCAUGACAUUCUUAUUGUAAGAAAAUUGUAAUCCCUCCUACCCAUAUUACUUGUCGAACUAUUACAUGUAUGUAGAUGUUUUAAAGCAUAGAUACAUCCAUAUUUGAUUAAAUUUGAGACAAUUAAUAUGGGCUGGAGGGAGCAUUUUUUAAGCCCUUGUGGGAAACAAUUGCAGUUUAACUUUGGGCCUUUUGAA